AUGUUCUCGCCCGAUCGCUCUUCGCAUGUCAAUUCCAGUGGGUCAAUCGCUGAUGACCAAGUCCAACGAGCUCCCAAUCGGGAGGAGCGAUUCACAUCAUGGGUAGCCGACCAUCGUCUCGACCUGGAACAACGAAUCCUUGGUGACCGCGCUGGGCGUCGCGAAUCGCGUCUACCUGGUCGACCAGCACCGUCGCAUAGUUCUCUUAGAGAUGCUGCUGCAUCUCAAUAUGCGCCAAGAGGACCGUAUGUCCCAAUUGAGUUGCAGUCCGCAGCAGCAGGAAGCUCCGGCGAAGCACGGUCGCAUGCGCGCUCAGGACGAGAUUCGCAUGGAGCACACCCCCCGCCAGACCCUGAAGACCUCCGAUGCAGGCAAUCGUUCAUAUCACGGCUGAAGGAGAAGAAACUGCGGAGGCGACUGAUCACGCUAGUUAUAUCCGCAUGUUUCCUCAUACUCGUUAUCGCCAUUUACCUCGCAUUCGCUGCAUCCCGUACGACAUUGGGCCGAGAGCUCCAAAUUCUUCUCAUCUUCAUGAUCUUAAUUCUUGGCAUUGUUUUCUGUCAUUCUCUCACGCGCUUCUUGAUGGCACUGUUACGACGGCCUGACUCUGAUGUCGCUACGAACCGCAUACCCAGCAGGGCAGGGCCAGCCGGCUAUGCGCAACCAGCGCGUCCUAUCCACGUUAUCUUAGCUGGCGAUGAGGACGUCGGAGCAGCGAGCCCGAAUGCCGUGCGCGAAAAGGUCACGGCGCCUCCUCCGGCCUACGGUCUCUGGCGAGAAAGUGUGAGGAUCAACCCCGACUUGCUGUACUGGCAGCGCAUCGAGAAUAGCAAUGCAAAGGGCGUUGGCAGGCAUGGGAGCAACAAAUCGCGGAUCCCACGGCCGCCUAGCUACACCUCGGACAACGGCGUCGACUAUGUGAUAGAAGCGCAACCCCGAUCAUUCACGCAAUGGCGCAUUCCUGAAGAACCAGGGCAUCAACCGUGA